AUGGUAGAAGUCGUCCAGAGAAUUCGCUUGGUCAAUCGCUUGCAGCGGGGUUUUUCUACACGAGCGAGCUGGGAUGGAGCGCCGUCGACGCUGGGGGAUGUGAUAUUCGGCUGCGCAAGCAAAGACCUCCAGCGUCCGGUAGACUAUUCGUCGGGAACUCUGGGACUCAACCGGGGGAGUUUCUCGUUUCCCGCUCAGAUUGGGAGCCGGAGUAAGAGCGGGCUAUCGGACAGGUUCUCCUACUGCUUCCCGAACCGAGCAGAGCAUCUCAACGCGUCCGGAGUUAUAAUUUUCGGGGACUCGGGAAUUCCAGCGCACCACUUCCAGUAUCUAUCUCUGGAGCAGGAGCCUCCAAUUGCGAGUAUCGUCGACUUCUACUACGUCGGCUUGCAAGGAAUAAGUGUCGGGGGGGAGCUGCUCCACAUCCCACGCUCGGCAUUCAAGAUCGACAGGCUCGGGAACGGUGGAACUUAUUUCGACUCUGGAACGACGGUGUCUUUCCUGGUGGAGCCGGCUCACACAGCACUGGUGGAAGCGUUUGGACGCCGGGUCUUACACCUCAAUCGAACGAGCGGAAGUGAUUUUACAAACGAGCUGUGCUACGACGUAGCUGCCGGUUACUCGAGGCUACCAAGGGCUCCGCUCGUCACGCUCCACUUCAAGAACAACGUAGACAUGGAGCUCCGAGAAGCGAGUGUGUGGGUACCUUUGGCCAGGACGCCGCAAGUGGUGACCAUCUGCCUGGCGUUCGUGAAUGCCGGGGCGGUCGCGCAGGGCGGAGUUAACGUGAUUGGAAACUACCAGCAGCAGGAUUACUUGAUCGAGCACGACCUCGAGCGCUCCAGGAUCGGCUUUGCUCCAGCGAAUUGCGUCAUGGAUUGAAAAGCGGAAGAACACACUAACUUUGCAUCAUCAAACUCUUUCGACAAGGGUCUGUAUUUUUUUUUUUUCUCUCUUUUUUCGAGUUUGUAGACUAGGAGGUUUUAGCUGCUGCGUUGGUUGGAUUGGCCAGAAUUGUUUUCCUAGAGGUCAGUCCAGUUGCAGCUCCCCGCGUUUAAGUUGCCGAGGGGGGGCAAAGUUUUCAACAUCGCACAAGACUCCUCUCACAAGGACGUGUUCGUUCUCGUCCACCAUAGUUUGGAAAAGAAAAUGAUAAUAUGAAUUCUCUCUUUCUGUUAAA